GCUCACACACCACCACAAUUCCUCUCCCCAUUCCCUUUAGAUCAUUCCUCUCUGGAUUUUAGUUCUUACUUGAACAAAUGGGGAAAUUGGGAGUAGUUUGUCUGAUAUUGUUGGUUUUGAAUUUCAGUUUUGGUGCUAGAGGGGAGCCUCAGGUUCCUUGCUACUUCAUCUUUGGGGAUUCUCUUGUGGACAAUGGGAACAAUAACCAGCUCCGGUCACUGGCCAGAGCUGAUUACUUGCCAUAUGGGAUUGACUUCCCCAACGGUCCCACUGGAAGGUUCUGCAAUGGCAAAACUACUGUUGAUAUCAUUGCUGAACUUUUGGGUUUUGAUGAUUAUAUUCUUCCCUACUCAACUGCAAGGGGUCGGGACAUACUGAGAGGAGUUAAUUUUGCAUCUGCGGCUGCUGGAAUUAGAGAAGAAACUGGACAGCAACUGGGAGGUCGGAUUAGUUUCAGCGGACAGGUUAAAAAUUACCAGAACACUGUCUCUCAAGUGGUGAAUAUUCUAGGGGACGAAAACACAGCGGCAAAUUACCUAAGCAAGUGCAUAUACUCCAUUGGAUUGGGAAGCAACGAUUACCUUAACAACUAUUUCAUGCCCCUCUAUUACAACACUGGCAGCCGCUACACACCGGAGCAAUACGCUGAUGUUCUCAUUCAACAAUACACCGAGCAGCUACAGGCUUUAUACAACUAUGGGGCUAGGAAAUUCGCAUUGAUUGGAGUGGGUGCGAUAGGUUGCAGUCCAAAUGAAUUGGCUCAGAACAGCCAGGAUGGGAGAACUUGUGUGGCAAGAAUCAACUCUGCUAACGAGAUCUUCAACAACAGGCUCAAAGCCCUUGUGGAUCAGUUCAAUAACAAUAAUUCUGACGCAAAAUUUAUCUACAUCAAUGCAUAUGGGAUUUUCCAGGACAUGAUAAGCAGGCCAUCAACUUACGGGUUUAGAGUUACAAAUGCUGGAUGCUGUGGGGUAGGAAGGAAUAAUGGGCAAAUUACAUGCUUGCCUUAUCAAACUCCAUGCCAGAACAGGAAAGAGUAUGUGUUUUGGGAUGCUUACCAUCCAUCUGAGGCUGCAAAUACCAUCAUUGCAAGGAGAUCAUACAGUGCUGAGUCUCCGUCUGAUGCUUACCCGAUUGAUAUCCGUCGUUUAGCUCAGGUCUGAAGCCAGAAUUCCCCAGACAUGUUCCACAGGCCCAUUGCGCCUGUGAAUUAAAUAUAGAAAAUAUUCUUGUUGUCUUCCUGUUUUACUAUAUAUUAUUGGUAUCAUCAACUUUCAUUAUCAUAACCCAUUAGGAUUCUAGUAAUUGUUCAAAUAUAUGUAAUCUUCACAAUAUGAGGAUGGAUUUUGCUUUCUUUUCAAGUUACGCAAUUUUUUCUUCCUUUUUCAAAAUAAUUGGAGGAGAUUAUC